AUUUAAUGGAGUAAGGUUAUACAAAUUAACAAAUUAUUUUUCUGCACUCAAAUACCUAGUUUAGAAAAACAUUAGUUUUUUGUUAAACGUCAAAAAAUGAAGUUAGCUGUAACUGUUUGUAUUAUCAUUAUAGAUGUAGUAUCAUUUACACAGGUGUCUGUAUUAGCUAAUUAUGAACAAAAUGAAUUAUCGAUACAGAAUGAUAAAUCAAACUUAGUUAACUGUCUCAAAGAAAAUGGUUUCACUCGUCUUAUAGAAAAUCAGAUUAUUGGUUUUGGAAUUAUAGAUAACACUUUUUCAAAUUACCUUACUACUGUUAUAAAAUUAUAUGAAAUACCUUCAAUAGGAUAUGCAUUGAUUAAUAAUAUUGGAGAAAAUUUAUGCAAAAAACUUCAUCCAAUCACAGAGCUUAUAGCAAAGGGUGGCAUGGAUGAGUGCAAAGCUAUCAUUAAAGGAUGUUUCGAAUUAUUCUUAUCGAGAAAGCUCAAACUUGAAUGAUUUUGAACAAAUGCUAUAAUUAAACCUUCAAAAUUAUACAACAUAACAUCAAAUUUAAAAAAACAAUAAAACAUAUUUGGUUGGAAAUUGGAUAAAUCUAAAAAAACCAUAAUAAAAUCAUUGAAUAAUAUAAUAUACUGAAGAAAAUCUUCCUAGAAAAUAAAAAUAUAUAAAAGAAAAUGUAUCUAUGUUUUAAUUUAUUUAUAGUGUUCAUAGAUAACUCAUUUAUAAUUACUUAAAUUAAUGAAAAUUUAUUUGUAUGUUUACUAAUAAUUUCAAGAAUACAUUGAAAUAAAAUAAUGAAAUUAUAAGGAAAUUAUGAAAUAUUUUUGUCGAAAAUGUAAAUUUGGGAAUGUAAAUUAUGAUUGAUGAAACAGAAUGCAGUUUUUGUAAAAAGAAAUUUUGUCCAGGACUAAAUUGACAUUUAUAUUGCUACAUAUACAGGGUGAUUUUUUUAUCAUAACCCACUCAAUUACUUAAAGAGUAAUAAUAAUUUAAAAAGAUUUUUUUUUUUUUUUGUUAUUUUAAGUUACACAUUAUUCUUGAAUUAUUAACUAUUUAAUACUUUUUAAGUUCAUCCCUUAUGUCUUGUAAGGGUGUCAACUUUGUGUUUUUUAAUGGGAACAC